AUCAUAAAGAGCAGCAGCUCACUACAGUACACAGACAGAGGGGAUGUGGAUACAAUUUUACAGCUCAUCGUUAAACCAAGAAAACAACGCAUAAAAUUAUUUCACAUUCCAUCAACACCUUGUCUUGGAAAAUAUUACCAGCGAUGCUUGAAAUCCAGGAAUGAUUAAUCAGAUCAUGGCGUUCUUUUAUUACAUUCAGCACGUUUCGAAAACAACAUUACGGACUCUGAAAAGGCAGGUACUGAUAUUCAUUGUUUUUACCCUUUGUACAUUUGUAGUUAAGGGAGAGAUUCGUUAUUCUAUUCCGGAGGAGAUGCUAACGGGAUCAAUUGUGGGAAAUGUGGCCAAAGACCUGGGCUUAGACGUUAAAAGACUUAAAACCGGCAGCGCCCGCAUUUUCACCGAUCGAGGUGCGGAAUAUUUUGAGCUGAAUACGAAUAAAGGCACGUUACUGGUUAAAGACAGAAUCGACAGAGAGCAGUUAUGUGCACGAAUUACCCCUUGCACACUAAAUCUCCGAAUAGUUCUUGAAAACCCUAUAGAGUUUUACAUAGUUAUCGUUGAAAUUGUUGAUGUGAAUGAUAAUGACCCCAUAUUUCCAAAUAAAAAUAUUAAAUUAGAAAUUAGUGAGUUAUCAGUGUCAGGAGCCCGUUUUGCACUGCUUAGUGCGACCGACAGCGAUGCGGGUUUGAAUGCACUUCUGACAUAUACACUUACACCAACGGACAAUUUUAAUUUAAAAAUUCGUAAACAAUCCGAUGGCAGCAGUUUAAUAGAUUUACUUUUAGUGAAGCAAUUAGAUCGAGAACAACAAGAAGAACACGGCCUGCUGCUUACUGCCAUAGAUGGCGGGAGUCCUCCGAGGUCUGCCACUGCUGAAAUUUAUAUUGUUGUUCUGGAUGCCAAUGACAAUGCCCCUGUUUUUACUCAAGAGGUUUACAAAACUGCUAUAAAAGAAAAUGCCUUAAUAGGUUCUGUGCUUAUUACAGUUACCGCUACUGAUGCAGACAAAGAAAUACACGGCCGGGCAACUUACAGUGUCACCCACGUUACAGACGAUAGUGGGGAUCUUUUUGAAAUUAACGCGAAUUCCGGUGAAAUCAAACUCACCGGCCAGCUGGAUUAUGAAACAUUUAGAAUGUAUGAAAUUACAGUGCAAGCCAAAGACCCUGGUGGUCACACAGAUUCGUGCAAAGUGUUAGUAGACAUUACUGACGUCAAUGACAACAUUCCGGUUAUCUCCAUCAUUUCAGUCUCAAAUGAAAUACCUGAAAAUUCAGGACCUGGGACAGUGGUAGCUGUAAUUAACAUUCAGGAUAAGGACUCUGGAAAAAACGGCCAAGUGACUUGUGUUAUUGCCGAUGACCUUCCAUUCAAAUUGAAGUCUUCUAUAAAGGAUUUAUACAGUCUAGAAACAGAUACAUUUCUCGAUCGAGAAUUAACUUCUCAAUAUAACAUUUCUAUUUUUGCUAAAGAUGGUGGAGAGCCUUCUCUUUCAUCUAGCCUUAUAUUAAUUUUAGCAAUAAGCGACGUUAAUGAUAAUCCACCAAAAUUUGAAAACCAGCAUUAUACAGCAUUCAUUUCGGAAAAUAAUUCACCAGGAUAUUCAUUUUUUUCUUUACGAGCUAAAGAUGACGACGUUGGUGUCAACGGUAAACUUUCUUAUUUUAUUGAGCAAUGUCUUGUUCAAAAUAUAUCUGUUUCGUCGUAUGUUUCAGUUAACUCCGAAGAAGGCUCUCUCUACGCUCUACGUGCCUUUGAUUAUGAGCAUUUGAAACGUUUUCAAGUUUCUGUCAUAGCAAAAGAUGGAGGGUCCCCUUCUUACAGUGCAAGCGCAGUUAUUGAUAUUUUUGUGCAGGACCAAAAUGAUAAUGCUCCCCAGAUUCUUUACCCAAUUCAGAAUAAAGCAUCAGCUGGUCCUGAAAUGCUACCCCGCACUGCAGAUGUUGGCUAUCUGGUAACUAAAGUUGUGGCAGUUGACAUGGACUCUGGACAGAAUGCUUGGCUUUCAUAUAAACUUCUCAAAUUCACUGAUCAAACGCUUUUUAAACUGGGUGUUCAUAAUGGAGAAUUAAGAACAAUUCGAGAAGUUACAGAGAAAGAUUCCACAAGGCAAACCUUGGUUAUUUCAGUAGAAGACAACGGACAACCAUCCCAGUCAACUACAGUGACUAUAAACGUGGCUGUCACUGACAGCUUCCCUCAAGCAUUAGCAGAAUUCAAUGAUCUCUCUCAGGAAGCCAGUGGAGAAGGUGAUCUCAAAUUUUAUUUAGUACUGGCUUUAACAAUUUUGUCGUUUCUCUUCAUCACAUUUAUUGUUAUUUUGAUAACUUUUAAAAUUUAUUCGUGGAGACAGUCCAGACUCUUCAAAGCAGGUUCAAAUGGAAAUCUCCCAGUAAUCCCAUAUUAUCCACCUCGUUAUGCAGACGUCAGUGGAACAGGAACUCUUCGUAAUGUCUAUAAUUAUGAAGUUUGCCUUACAACGGAUUCGGGGAGAAGUGACUUCAAGUACAUUAAACCUGUUCUACACAGUGAAGUAAAAAGUGAGCUUAGCGGACUGGAAACAAUGCCUCUGAACCAAAAGACAGAUGUGAGUGUGACUGAAGAACUCAUGCAGGUAAGUCUGGAUUUAUAA